AUGAGACAAAGGAACAGCGUGUCGCGGCCGAGGGCACGUCUUCGAGCCUUUGCAGUCAUCGUCGCAGCAUCUUUGCUACUCUUCCUUGUCCUUGCCCCGCCUCGUGCUCACGCUUACGACGUCGACGAUGAUGCAGACGACGACAUUGACGAGCAAGAUGUUUUGAAAUCCUCAAUAUCUCCUGAAGUAGCGCAGGCGCGAGAUGAAUCUGACGCAUCGCUGCUCUGGGGAACAUACCGUCCACAAAUUUACUUUGGCCUUCGUCCUCGUCUUCCCGGAUCCCUCUUAACCGGCCUCGCUUGGUUUGGCCUACAAGAUUACAGCGACUUUCAGCAUAUUCGACAUCAGUGCAGCGAUCAAGACGGCAUGAAAGGCUUCACCUGGAAAUAUCACGAUGGUCGCCAGUUUGGAAUCCAGGAAAUCAACGACAAUGAGAACAACUACCGCAUCGAGACCAGCUUCCUCAAGGUCGACACUGCCAACAAGAAUGGAGGCAGCUGGGGUGCUCGCAUCUCAGGCUUUGUCAUGGACCCCACUAAACCAGCAUCUCUCACAACCUUUUGGUACACAGCUAUCGAAAGCCUCGAGAGCCAGCUUGGGCUGGAAACCGAGAUGGACCCUGGUCACGGCAUAGAGCGUGAUAUACCCAUUCGUCUUACCGGUACAGCGGCCGGUAUCGGCGACUUUGCCCUUCGCAUUGAAGAACCAGAUGCUGCUAGUGGCAAUGCCAACGCUCAAGGCAACCGCUUCGUCACCCAUCCCAGCGGCUCUGCAACUGCUGAUGACUACGCCGAGACCGUUGGCAAGUCACACAUCUUUGGCAAACGCGUCCCCGUCGAAUCGGUAUGGAAGUCCAAAGAGAUCAUUCAGAACGACAUUAUGAUCCGCGUACAACAAGCUGUACAGACAUAUGGCAAAGACAAGAUGCCUGACCCUGCUCUGACUCUCAGUCUCUCGGACCAAGUCGCACCUGGGUCCACCAUUUUUGCCGUCCAGAAAUCCUUCACCGGCAAUUUCACCUUUGAUGUCUUUUUUGACAGCGCCUCGACUCCAAGAGGCGAGCGUCUUUCAUCGGCUGGACUGACACAUGCUCUCCGAGCCUCUCGUCAAGCCUACGACGUACGGUUCGAGCAUGCUCUUCAUCUCGGCUCUAAAAACUACUCGGCGCAGUACAUCGAGUUUGCACGCGACCUCACCUCGUCCAUCACCGGCGGCAUUGGCUUCUAUCAUGGCUCAGCUAUUGUCGAUCGCUCCUUCAGACACGAGUACGACGCCGAAACCGGCUCGGGUGUCUACGAUCCCGAAGUGCACGGCCAGGCCAACCCGCAAUUCACUGAUCCAGAACAGCUCUUCACGGCGACGCCCUGCAGAAACAUCUUCCCACGCGGAUUCUACUGGGACGAAGGUUUCCAUCUGGCUCAUAUUGGAGCGUGGGAUAACGAUCUCAGCCUGGAUAUCUUGCGUAGCUGGAUCCGGCUGAUCGAUCAAGAUGGCUGGGUAGCACGUGAGCAGAUUCUUGGCGACGAGGCCAGAUCGCGUGUACCAGACGGCUUUCAGACGCAGUAUCCACAGUACGGUAACCCGCCGACACUGAUUUUGGCCGUGAGCGCCUACGUCGACCGUCUUGUCGCGCGCAUCGAAAAGGUGGGGCUGUCCGUCGAUUUGCUGGCCAACCAGCAAGUGCUCACCGACUUUGAAGCGCUCGAGUCAACACCCGUUUCCGAAAAGAUGCUCGCUUCGGCAGCACUUGGGCAGGCCUUCCUGCGCGAGAUUUACCCCAAGCUGCGUCGACAUUACCGCUGGUUCCGUCGUACGCAGCGCGGAGAGAUCCGCGAAUGGGAUCGCGAAGCUACCUCAAAGCACGAGGCGUAUCGAUGGCGAGGGCGCACAAAGGAGCAUGUCCUGACCAGCGGUCUUGACGACUACCCUCGUGCUCCUAUUGCUCACACUGGCGAGCUUCAUGUCGACCUGCAUUCAUGGAUGGGCUCGUUUGCCGACACCAUGGCCAAGAUCGCUCGCGUGCUGGACAAGCAAGACGACGUGGAAGAAUACUCGCGUCACUACUCGGACAUUGUCGCCAACCUGGAAGAUCUGCACUGGAGUGAGCAACACAAGAUGUACUGCGAUGCGAGCGUCGACGAGAAUGACCAGUCGUACCAUGUCUGUCACGCUGGAUACGUGUCACUGUUUCCAUUCAUGCUCGAGCUACUGGAGCCCGACUCGCCGCAUCUGGGUCAUGUGCUGGAUCUGCUUUCAGAUCCCGACCAGCUUUGGUCGGCGUAUGGCAUCCGAUCGCUCAGUCCCAAGGACCAACUAUUCGGUCAAGGCGACAAUUAUUGGCGAGGCCCUGUAUGGGUUCACAUGAGCUACCUCAGCUUGCGUGCGCUGCGCAACAAGUACGCUACCACAUCCGGCCCUCACCAGCAGAAAGCUCGCGAGAUCUACGAAAAGCUGCGAAACAACGUGGUCAACAAUACGUUCCAGCAGUACAACAAAACUGGCUAUGUGUUUGAGCAAUACAACCCCACCGAUGGUCAUGGCCAAAGAGGAUAUCCCUUCACGGGCUGGUCGAGCACUGUCGCUCUAAUGAUGGCCGAGAUAUUCCCUUGA